CAAAUUAGAAUAGUAUCUACCAAUCAAGAUAAUGUCCGCCAAGUCUUUCACAAUACCUAAAAUCAAGAUAAUGUCCCAAGAUAGUGUCCCAUAAUUGAUGGUGAAUGUGAGCACAUCUCGAUGACACAACCUUGCUCUAAGACCAAUUGUUGUUCUCUAAUGUUACAACCAAAAUGGUCUGAUACUUCAUUGUUGGGAGCCAGCGAAAAAAAACAGGGGAACCAUUGAUUCUGUGUCUUUGAAUUCCUGUGAUUGAUUUUGUCGAAUUGGAUGGAAAUUAUGAAAGAAAAGGGUGAAAGUGGAGAUGGGUAUGUGAGGGCGGAUCAGAUAGAUCUGAAGAGCUUAGACGAGCAGUUUCAGAGACAUUUGAGCAAAGCAUGGACCAUGGAGAAGAACAAGAGGAAGGACGACGAGGAAGGCGGCGGCGGAAGAAGGCCGGGAAUCACCAGGCAGGAGUGGGAGAUUGACCCUUCUAAACUCAUCAUCAAAGCCGUCUUAGCUCGUGGCACUUUUGGAACUGUUCAUCGUGGAAUUUAUGAUGGCCAAGAUGUUGCUGGUUCGAUCUCUGUUUUCUGGGUUUUUGUUAUUGCAUUGAUCAUGGGGGUUUCUUGA